AUCACAUGCGCUCACCCUCCGCAUCUCACUUGCAAAUGCUUGUCAGCAGAAUAAUAUCGUCAGCGGUCGGCCAUUGUUGUCGGCGGAGAUGCGAAAUAUUUCGAUGUAAUUUUGAUCGGCAAAGUUUUACGAGAUUACUUGCGCAUUCGAGUUUUAUAUAUAUCAUCCAAGAUGCACACAGUCGCGGAAUUGGGCACCGGCGUGCCGGCUUUUCUUGCCAAACUAUGGAAACUGGUCGAGGACCCGGAAACCGACAACUUAAUUUGCUGGUCACCUAAUGGGAGAAGUUUUAUCAUUAAAAAUCAAGCAAAAUUUGCGAGAGAAUUAUUGCCACAUUAUUAUAAACACAAUAAUAUGGCUAGUUUUGUACGACAGCUAAAUAUGUAUGGAUUCCAUAAGAAAGUAUCUGUAGAACUGGGUGGUCUAAAGUGCGAUAAGGAUGAAAUGGAAUUUGCACAUCAGUUUUUUUACAAAGGACAUCCAUAUCUAUUAGAACAUAUUAAAAGAAAAAUUGCAUCUAGUAAGAGUCAAGAUGCAGCUCAUACUCCUAUUAAACCAGAAUUAAUGACCAAAGUAUUAGCAGAAGUAAGAAGUAUGAGAGGUCGACAAGAGAAUUUGGAUACUAAAUUAGGCGCAAUAAAACAUGAAAAUGAAGCAUUGUGGAGAGAAAUAGCAAUGCUAAGACAGAAACAUUUGAAACAACAACAAAUUGUUAACAAGCUUAUUCAAUUUCUUGUUACUCUUGUACAACCCUCGAGAGGAAGUGGUUUACCUGUCAAGCGGCGAUAUCCAUUAAUGAUAGAUGAUUCAAAUCGUACACGUAAACAGAGCAAAUUGUCAAAGCCACAAGCAUCUCCUACAGGACCGAUUAUUCAUGAACUUGAUGCAUCAGAGUCAUCAGAUUUGGAUUCAGAAUAUAUUGUUGCUGAGAUGUUGGAGAAUGGAGCUCCAGCUGUUUACAGUCCAGAAGAAUAUAUUGAAACAUCAAUAGAUGAUGAAAAUAUGGAAAAUGAACUAAUCGAGAAUCCUGAGACGACUCUACUAGAAAACGAUAUUGAAAUUAGUUCACAUGAAAAUGAUACAAGGAAGAAACGUCUUUGCAAGGGUAAAAAGAAGAGGAAAAACAAGGUGCCUGUCAAAAUUUUGAUCCCACCAUUGGAAAAUGGAGGAAAACCAAGGGAAGAAUUGCAUUUGCUUGAAAUGCCCAUCAACGAGGAAACUCCUGCGCCUUUUGCUUUACUUGAAAGAGAAUCUAUCGGUUCUAAACCUGUACCUGUGGCGUCAAUGCGCAGUUCUAAACUCGCAGCGAUGGCGGCAAAUAUUAAUGAAUCUCAAGAUGUUGACACUGAUAUCAUGGAAAGUUCAGCUGAUAUGGAAGAUGAUAUGGAAGUCUCAGACAAUGAUGCAUCCAUGCUGAAACUAGAAGAUAUCCUAAUUGUUCCAGAAAUAAUCAACAACAGCAACAUUCAAAAUAUUGUUGAGAAAAAAGAAACCAAUGUCAAAGAAUCUAAUCCAGUGAAUCAGGGACUUGAUCAAAUUGAUGAUGACAGAAUUGCUCUAGCAGCAAGUGAUAUUAAACUUGAUCAAAUUGAUGAUGACAGAAUUGCUCUAGCAGCAAGUGAUAUUAAACGGCACAAUGAAAAUGAAACAUCAAAAGUUUUACAGGAUGAAAAAGACAAUGAUAACAAAGCAAGCACAAGUUCAUCAAAAGAUUUACCUUUGAGUCGCGUCAAUUCUUCAGAUAUAUGUGAAGCUAAUUACAGGUUAGAACCGAUGGAACAAAUGGAUAAUCAUCUGGAAACAAUGCAAACAGAUUUGGACAAUCUGCGUGAAAUUCUACGUGGUGAAGGUUACAGCAUUGAUGCUAAUACUCUUCUCGGGCUGUUUGGCGCGGAUGAUCCAAUGACAUUCGGAUUACCAAUUAAUCCAGAAUUAAAUCCGAAUUGUGAAAAAGAUGAUAAUGAUGACAACACUGCACUUGCAGAUUCUAUCAAUGGAUCUGCUGGUGGGGAACUUAUGACGUAUAAUCCUACAUCAAAUCUACUAGAUUUUGAUGACGAUAUGUUAUUGGAAAAUGAAUCACCUUCGCUACCAACAGCAUCAUCAAAUUUAUCUACAGACAAUCUAUAUACUUCAGAUCCUUUAGAUCCUUUAGACGAUAAGGCUUCGCUUUAUGAUUCUCUAGUAAAACUCUCUAGUAAGAAUCUAAAAUCGUAAACAUUAUUAUUUAUAUAUGUGCUUUUUGCUGGAUACUCCACUUCUGGAUUAUUAUCUAGAAAAUUAUUAAUUAUCUAGAAAAAAUGGUAUUGUAAAAAAUAGGAGAGAGGAGAAAGGAGAGAAUAAAAUAUAUGUGCUGUUACAAAUUCUACAGCAUUUGUUAUCAAGUGAAGUAAGAACAGCAUUUGCAGCAACAUAAUCUAAAUAUCUUAAUAUGAAACAAAUCUAAUGAAAAGAAUAAAAGAGCAAUCUUAUAUAUAUCACUAAAAAGAAGUUAUAGAUACCGAUUAUAGCUUUCCAAGAUCUUACAAAUGAACAAAUACGAGAGUUAUAUUAAUAAAACUUUUGUUCUUACUUGCUUGUAUAUAA